UUUGAAUUGAUAAUAUACGUGUUACUUGACUUUACGUUUGACCUAUGAAAUACCAUAAGAUUCCACCUUUUUUUUUUCUUCUCUCUUUUUUACCCAUUACCAAAUUAAAAAAAUUGGUUUAAAAAACCCUAAAUUUUAGGGUUGUGUUUAGUAAGUAAAAUCGUUUUAAAAAAUGGUUUUUAAAAACUAUUUUUUUUAGAAUUUGAAAUAUUUUUAAAUAUAUUUAAAAAUAUUUUUUAUGUUUAAUACUUUAUUUUUAGUGAUUAUAUAUUAUUAUUAAUUUUAAAAUAGCACUUAAUAAAUAAAUAAAUAAAUAAAAAUAAUUAAAAAAAAGUUUUCUAAAUUCUGCUUUUGAAAGCAAAAAAUAGAAAAUGGUUUUUGCCAAACGGGUCUUUUUUUCUUUUGAGAGAAAACCACUUUUCUUGAAGAUAGUCGUCGAAAUAUAAGAUAGAGUUUUUAUUGAUUUAAAAUGAGAAAAUUAGUAAUAAUGAAAAACAAAUAAAGAAAUAAAUUAACCUCAUUGCUGACGUCAUCACUCCAAAAGCAUCUUCUCCCUUCUUAAUUCUUCCGUGAGGGCCCAAUUCCCAAACUCAACUCACCCUCUUUCCAAAAAGUUUUCACCCAUAUCCCCAUCCUUACCUCCUUCAUUAUUAUUAUUAUUAUUAUUAUUAUUAUUAUUAUUAUUAUUAUUAUUAAAUUAUUAAAUUAUUAAAUUAUAAUAAUAAAUGUCUUGAUUUUUUUCCUACAUGUACUCAAAUACCCAUUAAUUCUUCUACUAAAAUGAAAUUUCUGCCUCAUAGACACAUGUCCAAUUCAUGCUAUGCUCAUUAAUUACAAUUUAUAUUAAUUACGGCAUAAUUAAUCUCUCAAUAGUCAAUAUAUUUAUCGUCAUGCACCUCCCUCUUUUUCUCCCUCGCCAAACACCUUCUCCUCUGUUUUCUUUUCUUCUUCGACUUGCCUACACAGAAAAAUGUCUUCUAUUCUCUGCUCACAGGGGGUGGUCUUAGCAACGGCCAUGGCAGUUUCUGGCAUACUCUUUCUCGCUUUUUCCAGGCAAAAGAGUUUACCGUCUCCAGAAUUUUCCGGGAAUCCAAAUUCCCAGGCCCCCAAGCAAAUUCUACGCUCAUGCCUAACCAACGAUGAAAAGAAAAGGGAGAGAAAGAAAAAGAGAGUUCAAUUUGCAGAGAAUGUGAAGGAGCCAAGUGGGAAUGGCAAGGAAUUCAGGCAAGAGCAGAGGAAAAAGUUUUCCAGAGUUCAAAGACCAUGCAGAAAUGAAAUUCCCCAAAUUCAAAAAGUGCCGGAAAAUCAGGCCGCCUUGUACAAUGGAAUUCUCCGGGAUCGCGUUCACCGGAUGGCCUGCUCCUACUGAUCGCUGCAGUUUUCGCCGCGGGCGGUGGCGGGGAGGGGCUCAAAUGAAAGAAAAUGUGAGAAAUGUUGGUGGAUUGUAAAUAUUUCGUAUCUGUAUAAAUCUGUGGCUGUUAAUUAAUGAAAAUUUGGGGCAAAUUUUUUUUUGACCCAAAUUUGUGUCCAGGCUAA